AUGACUCCCCAUAUCCGGAAAUUAUCUCUUCAUCCCCAAUUUCUCGACGCGUCUGUCCGAUCAUGGUACGCGUCCCCAGUUAUUGUCAAACUUGGUUUACCGCUAUUGUUACAGGCGGGCGGUCGUGGACUCAGUAUCGAAGAGAAGCGAGCAAAGCUCAUAGAAAUUUUCACAGAAACUAAGGGCUUUUUUCAGUUAAAAGAACUAGAGAAGCUUGGCGCGAAGAAAGGCGUCGUCGUGCAAACAGUCAAAGAAGUCCUGCAGUCGCUCGUAGAUGAUAACUUGGUAGAAUUUGACAAAUCGGGAGCGCAAACUAGGGGCAUAAUCGUUUCACUCCCGAGUGCAGUUUACUGGAGCUUCCCCAGUGCCCGAGGCAGCAUGCUGAUGACAAAACUUGAAGCCGCGAAAGAAGAACUCGCAACACUUGAAGCUCGCGAAAUGGAACUCAAAGAUGCCAUUGCGCAAGCUAAAGCAGAACGGGAACCAUCAUUCGAGAGGGAUCAACUGUUAGAGACCUACCGACAACGUCAGGAGUCUCUCGCGGAGGCUAAAAUGGAACUAGGGCGUUUCGAAUCUGGAAGCAUCGGGAAAUAUGAGGAAAAACAAAGGGCCAUCUCAUUAGCGAGAGAAGCAGCCGACCGUUGGACUGACAACGUCAAUCUUGCACUAUCGUACUGCUCGUCUACGUUUGGUAUUCCUCUCAGUGACUUGCGCUCUCAGCUGGAAAUUCCUCAGGGUUUUGACGAUCUUCCAGACGAUUAA